AUGGCACAGAAACUGAUCCUCGUCCUGAGCGCCCUGGUGGCGGUGUCCACCGCCGUGGUGGUUCCUGGUCCCGGACUGGCACUGCCCGCCUAUCCAUCGUACCCGGCGCUGGCCAAGGUGGCUGCUCCUCUGGUGGCCAAGGUGGCGGGUCCGGAGCCCUACGAUCCCAAUCCCCAGUACACCUUCAGCUACGAUGUUCAUGAUGGCUCCACUGGCGACGUGAAGAGCCAGCAGGAGACCCGCAGCGGAGAUGUGGUGCAGGGCGCUUACUCCCUGAUUGAGGCCGAUGGAACCCGCCGCAUUGUGGAGUACACCGCCGAUCCCGUGCACGGAUUCAACGCAGUGGUGCGCCGCGAGGGAGCAGUGGUGAAGGCUGUGGCUCCGGUGGCCAAGGUUUUGGCCCCGGCUCCGCUGCUCCAUGCCGCUCCUCUGGUGGCCAAGCUGCCCGCCUAUGGUCCGGCUCUGGCGCCCGCCUACCCGGCACUGGCCCACGGAUACGGACCGGCUUUGGCUCCCGCCUACGGACCCGCUCUGCCCAAGCUGGCCCUGCCCGCUCUGCCCGCCCUCUCGCCCCUGGGCUACCACUAA